AUGUAUUUGGAAGAAUCAUCGCUUAUGGAACGGGAUUACUCCAGUUCAUUGUUGGGGGCUAUAGAAGCUUUGAGGGCUAGUACACUUCGCCUUCCUGUUGUUGGAGGGGCAAGGGCAGAUGUCCAAAAUGUUAAGGAUGCUAUUUCGUCAGCAGUUGAUGUGAUGCAGGCAAUGGCUUCCUCAAUAUGCUUAUUGUUAUCAAAGGCUGGGGAAGUUAAUUCCUUAGUGGCUGAACUUGCCCAUGUAAGUGCAAAAGAACAUGUUUUACUUUGUCACUGCAAAGAUCUCUUGUCAGCAAUUGCGGCCAUGCAGGUGAAGGAAUGUAGUGUGAGAACACAAAUUUUACAACUGGAACGUAUACCUUCAAGCCUGACAACGAAAGUGUAAAGUUUACAUCAUUUCACUGUCUAUCCCUAAUACUAACGUGACUUAAAAAAAUCCCAUUUCUUCUUGGAAUUAUGGAGCCGCACCUAAUAAGGGAUUGAAUCAUUGUUGUGGCUUUUAAAAAGCAGAAGAGUGCUUAUUUGGCCUUUGUUCUCAUACGUCAAGGGUUAACUGUAUUAGGUCUAUUUCUGUUUGCAUAGGUUGCGGUCUUUCUCAUAGUCAAAUUAGGUUGUAUACAUUUUACUUUUUCUAUAGGCCAGAGGAAAGUAUAAUGUAAAUAUGUGUAAUGAUGUCUGCUAAUUUUCUAUUAUUCAAUGGUUUUAUCAAGUUUGUUUGUGUUA